GAAACUGGAAAGUGAAGAAGAAGAAACAAAUAAACAAAGAAGAAGGAAGGAAGGAAGAAAGAAAGCGCUUCGACUCAAACGCGCUUUUUCUCUCUCUUCUUCUUCUCCUCUCUCUCUCUCUCUAACCCAAGCUAUGAGCCUCUUCGGUAUUGGCAGAAACCAGAGAACAUUCCGCCCCAAAAAAAGCACUCCUUCUGGAAGCAAGGGAGCUCAGCUCAGAAAACACAUUGAUGCGACAUUAGGGAGUGGAAAUCUGAGGGAAGCUGUAAAGCUACCUCCCGGGGAGGAUUUGAAUGAGUGGCUAGCUGUCAACACUGUUGAUUUUUUCAACCAGGUGAAUCUGCUCUAUGGCACCCUCACAGAGUUCUGUACUCCCGAGAAUUGUCGCACAAUGUCUGCAGGACCCAAGUAUGAGUAUAGAUGGGCAGAUGGUGUGCAAAUUAAAAAACCUAUUGAGGUUUCUGCUCCAAAAUAUGUAGAGUAUCUUAUGGACUGGAUUGAAUCGCAGCUUGAUGAUGAAUCCAUAUUCCCUCAGAAGCUUGGCUCUCCAUUUCCUACCAACUUUAAGGAUGUUGUGAAGACAAUAUUUAAGCGGCUGUUCCGUGUAUAUGCUCAUAUAUAUCAUUCUCACUUUCAGAAAAUUGUGAGCCUCAAAGAAGAGGCCCAUCUGAACACAUGCUUCAAACAUUUUAUACUCUUCACUUGUGAGUUUGGGCUGAUUGACAAAAAGGAACUGGCUCCACUUCAAGAGCUUAUAGAAACCAUAAUAUAUUAAAUGUUGAAUUGGGACCAGGCUUACUGUGAAUUGUGAAAUAUCUUUAUCCUAGGAAACAUAACUAAUGUUUUGCUCUAAAAUCAGAGACUGCUUUUUAAUAUCUGAUUUUAGUAAUUUAUAUCUGUUGUGUUGAAUAGUUUGGGAACAGGGUCUAAGGUACCCUUCAUCACAGAAAGCUCGCAUAAAGUCUCAAAUACAUGCAAUGGGGUACCAUAGAUCCCAAUGUUUUACUUUAAUUUAAUGUAUUGGCUCGUUGUUUGCCAACUGAAAACCAUACUUCAUGUUUGAUGUUUUAGUAUGAAUUUGGAAGGCUGUUUUUGGAAUAUUUUCAUUGCCAAUAA